AUGAAAGUGACGGUGUGUUUCGGGAGGACCCGAGUAGUCGUUCCGUGUGGAGAUGGGAAUUUAAAAGUCCACGGCCUUAUCGAACAAGCGGCCGUGAGGUAUAAGAAGGCGAUCGCAAAGGACCCCAGCUACUGGGUCCAGGUCCACAGGUUGGAACAUGAGGGAGGCAUUUUGGACCUUGAUGACAAGCUGUGCGAUGUGGUGGAUGACAAAGACAAGCUGGUAGCAGUAUAUGAAGAGCAGGAUCCUCACAAUGGAGGUGACGGUACCAGUGCCAGCUCCACCGGUACGCAGAGUCCCGAGCCCUUCACCAGCGACAUGAGUUCGGCGUCGUCCUUUCAGCCCUACCAGACCAACAGUGAGAUCGAGGUCACACCGUCCGCUCUGCGAUCCAACAUGCCUCUCCAUGUCCGUCGCAGCAGCGAUCCCUCCCUGGUUGGCGAAGUCCCGGUUGGUCCAGAGGAACCGUCCAGGAAUAACUCAGCUCGCUGUUCCACAACUGCUGGCUUCCAAAAGCACAAGCACAAACCAAACACAAGCGCCGGCACUGGCAGCCUGGAACGAAAGGGUAGAGGAGGCCAUAAGUAUCGGAGUCUUCCUCGUGAUGCGAGUGGCUGGACCACUCAGUUCCAGAGAGAAAUGACUCGAUCUUCCCUGAGCGCCAACCAUCCAAUGGUGGACCAAUGGCUUGACAGACAGGAACAGGAGGAGGAGGAAGAAGAGCGAAGGAGACACGAAAGGAGGAUUGAACGGAUAGAGCCAGUAGGGAGGGCCGAUUCCUCAUUUGAACAUUCACAUGUGUUGAGUCUAGAAGGCCUGCUCAAGCCGGUCGAGGUGUCCAAUGGACGAGGGCCCCUGGGGAUCCACAUAGUGCCUCUCAGUUCGCAGGAAGUCAGGACUCAGGGCUUGCUAGUGAAGCGUCUGGAGCGUGGGGGGAAAGCCGAGCAGGAGCGUCUCUUCCAGGAGAACGACUGUAUCGUCAAAAUCAAUCAGAGAGACAUUCGCCACCUGCGCUUUGAACAAGCCCAGAACCUUUUCAAGCAGGCGAUGCGUGGCCCGGUCAUCCUCUUUCAUGUCGUCCCCGCAGCCUUGAAGAGACAGUACGAGCUGCUGUCGGCCCAGAGCGAGCUCAGCCCGCCACAUUCCAACAGAGUGCGCUUCAGCCAAAGCUCUCAGCAGUCGAGGGACAGUUCCAGCCUGGUGGGGGGGCUGACACCCAGGUCUGGACCACAACCAGGCCUCAACCACGACCACCAGGGACCCCUGGCAGGAAGCACCCCAGAGAUGAGCCGACGGUACGCCACUUUACCGCACACCUUGGUCUCCAAGACCUCUUCGGCCACCUCCCCCUCCCUGCAGCGCAGAGUGAGCACAAACCCGUCCAACAGCUCCUACCUAAAGAACAAAGGACGCAAAUUCAACAUUCAGCUGAAGAAAGGUCUAGAAGGUCUUGGGUUCAGCAUCACAUCCAGAGACGUCCCCAUUGGUGGCAGUGCUCCCAUUUAUGUCAAAAACAUCCUUCCUCGAGGGGCGGCCAUCCAAGACGGCCGAUUGAAAGCUGGAGACCGGCUGCUGGAGGUGAGUGGCGUGGACCUGAAUGGUAAGAGCCAGGAAGAGGUGGUGGCCCUGCUCCGAGCCACUCCGAUGGGUGGGACUGUGAACCUGUUGGUGAUUCGCCAAGAGGACUCCCUGCUGCCCCGAGAAGUGCAGGCAGAGGAAGAUGACAUGGUGUUAACCCCUGACGGUACACAAGAGUUCAUGACCUUUGAGAUCCCUCUGAACGACUCAGGCUCAGCAGGCCUGGGGGUCAGCGUCAAGGGUAACAGGUCCAAGGAGAACCACGCUGACUUGGGCAUCUUUGUGAAAUCCAUUAUUAAUGGAGGUGCUGCUAGCAAGGACGGCCGUCUGCGAGUCAAUGACCAGCUCAUUGCAGUCAAUGGGGAGUCGCUACAUGGGAUGACCAACCAGGACGCCAUGGAAAAGCUGCGUACAUCUAUGUCCGUUGAGGGCAACAUUCGAGGGAUGAUUCAGCUCAUCGUGGCCCGACAGGUGUCCAAAAACAAUGAGGUGAAGUCGCCUGGCAGCCCACCGGUUUUACCUGUGAACUCUCUACUGGACAGCCAUGAGCGCCGGAUUUCCCAAUCACUGUACGAAAGCAUUGAAGGCUUGGAAAACAACUCCACGCCGCGAGCUAAUAUGAUCGGACACAGCGGUAACUACCAGCUCUCCCCGACUGUGAACAUGCCGCAGGACGACAUAGUGAUGAUCGCAGAUGAUAGGCCGCCCCGGCUUCCUGCAGACCUUUCCGACCAAUCAUCCUCCAGUUCCCAUGAUGACAUGGGCUUUGUGGGAGAGAACGCGGGGCCCUGGCUCCACGAGAUGCCCAGUCAGAAUGAAUGCUCGCUCAGUCCAGACGCGGACCCGGACGGUUCGUUCCAGAGGGAGGGCUUCGGCCGCCAGAGUAUGUCUGAAAAACGCAUCAAACAAUAUGAAAAUGCUGCUGAGCUGGAGAUCGUCAAGACACGCAAGUCCAAGAGCAUGGAUCUGGGCAUCUCUGACACCAGAUCUUUAGACGCCACAGAUGAUCGAGAAGCACUCACACUUUCAGUAAGGGUCGGACCCUCGCUGGGCCUGAAAAAGUCCAGCUCCCUCGAAAGCCUCCAGACGGCUGUUGCCGAGGCGGCGCUGAGCGGCGAGAUCAACGUCAACAGGCCGUGCUCACGGAUCGCCAGGGGCCGCGGCUGCAAUGAGAGCUUCCGAGCUGCAAUUGACAAAUCCUACGAGAAACCUGGUGUCACGACGGCAGAAGAAGAGAACAGCAUGGAGACGUUGGACGAGGACACCGAGGGAAGUUCCAGAUCGGGUCGCGAGUCGGUGUCCACCAGUGGCGACCUCAUUGUGGGACCCGGGCUGAACGGCAACCUCUCCAAAGAUGACGGACAGAAAGAUCGGGAGAAGGUUGCGGGGAAGGAAAAGAAGAAGGAAAGAGAUAAAGAGAGGGAGAAAGACAAGGACAAGAACAAAAACAAGAAAGGCGUGCUGAAGGGCCUGGGCGAGAUGUUCAGGUUUGGAAAGCACCGGAGGGAUGAGAAUCCAGGAGACAGGAUGGAGAGGAAGGGCUCCAGUAAAUCUAAAGCUGAGGACAUGCAGGCGUCAGAGGACGAAACCCUGCGGAUGAGGCUGGAACAGGAGAGAAUACAGGCCAAGAUGCGGGAGCUUCGGGAAAGGCAGGCAAAGGAGAGGGAAUAUGCUGAGAUCCAAGACGUUGUCGGCGGUACCUUCAGCUCGGAUGAGGAGCACACCUACGCUGGCAUCGGAUCGUUCGACUCGUCGGUGGAUAGCAUGGAGCCUUACAGCCACCACUACCAUCUCCCCCAUCUCCCCCAGAGUCCCCAGAGUCCUGACCUUCCCUUGAGACUACAGGACAAUGGUCAACCCCUGGAGGCUCUGUAUGCCCAGGUCAACAAGCCGCGCAAUGGACGCCCUGCAGCUCCAGACAGCAGUCAGAUGGCUCCCAGUAACCACGACCGGAUACAAAUGCUGAGGCACGAGUUCCAGCAGACCAGGCAGGAGGAUGAUGUGGAGGACCAUAGGCACACCUACAGCUUCAACCAGUCCUGGCUCAACGCCUUCCCAGCUACACCGAGCGGACGGCAUUCCAUAACGGUUGAUAGUCAGGUGCAGAAACAGCAGCAAGAGGACAGAGAUGGUUUCCAACAAGCACAACGACAGUACAGCUCCCUGCCACGGCAACCUCGUAAGACCCCCAGCGCGGUGUCCCAGGAUUCGUGGGACAAGGUGUACAUGCCAGCAGAGGGAUUCCAGACAUCCAAGGAGAACCCUCGCCACUCCGGCAGCCAGGGAUCACGUAACGGCUACCUGGCAACAUCCAGCUUCAAUGCCCGCGUCCUCUUAGAGACUCAGGAGUUGCUGAGGCAGGAGCAGAGACGCAGAGAGCAGGAGGCCAACAAGGCCCAGCCACCUGCACCACAGGAAACCCCCAGCAGCAUCACCUACGACCAAAACAGAGACCACACUCAGGCCCCAGGGUCCGCCCCGAUGCAGGCCCUACCUCAGUCCAAGGGCCCCUACAGACAAGACGUACCUCCGUCGCCUUCUCAGCUCGCCAAGCUCAGCAGGCUCCAGGGUUCGGAGAAAGGGAGGCUGUUUUACUCCUGAGACAGUGACUGGGAACUAGAAAGUGAAACUUCUUGGAGAUUAGGAAUGCUUCUAAAGAGUAUUAACAGGGGGAAAUACAAAGAGGACAAAGAGUCUGUUUUUAUGUAAAAUGCUGAGAAACAAAGAUUUUUAUGGGACUGUUAAUAGAAAAUGUUGAUAUUUAAAAAGAAAAAAAAGAUUUUUUUUUUAUGAUGUGAACCAUUAUCCUUUUAGUUGUCAAAAAGAAAGGAUUUGUUAUGUUUUACUGUCCGGAAUCAUAAUCAUCUUACUACUUGUAUAAGUGCCUUCUAGCCCAUCGAUUGUUCACUUUCUGUAGUCAUUAGCCCCAUUGUUUUGGCUUACGAUCUUCAGAUUUGACCCAUCCAUCUGAUGGAUUCAGUAGAGCAGACAUCACAGCUGAAGUCAAUGGGUUUGGGCCAUCAUGACAGCAGUGCGUCCUAAAUAUGAUAACCCCGAGCACGAGACACGGCUCAGGCAUGUUUUUGUGCCACUCGGGUGCCGGCGGAAAUCUUAGUCGAUACCACGGUUGUGUGAAUGAGACUUAUUUUUGCAGGUCAUGCUGACUUUGACGAGCACUACGCAUUCAUGUGAGUGCAUAGCUUGUGUGCACCUAUGCGUGUGUGUGAGUGCUGUCAGGAGUUGGCAUGUAGUGACAAAGUGUGGAGGUUAAGCAGCUUGUGUGAACUGUGGAGUCAGAGCUUGGGUUUUGGGCAUGACAGCUAAACCCCCUCACCCGCUUCUCAGUUCAGGGAAAUGUCCCUUUUGGAAACUUACCCAGAGUCGUUAUCCUCCUUCUAUAACCCCCUCUCAUAUUCAAUAUGAUAAUCCUGGAUUCUCUCUCUUCUUCUGCCGGCUGCUUUAUCUCCGUUUCUUCCCUUCACAUUGUCACCGUCACUAUACGAAGCUCUCAGUGGAGGAAAACGGCUUUAAACCUCCUUUAUUCCUACCCUGUCCCGCCCACCCAGGGAAUCCAGCAGUGUAAAUGGGGUCGGCUCUGGGUUAUUAAUUAAUGUACCACAUUAAAAAUGAAUGGGCCCCUUUGUGUGUGUGUGUGUGUGUGUGUGUGUGUGUGUGUGUGUGUGUGUGUUUGUGUGUGUUGACAUGUAUGUCGAGAAGGAAGAAACAGCGACCUUGCCAGCGUGGCUCUGGCCCCGUGCUCGCCUAGAAUGAUUUGGCUGUAACCGAAGCCCGCUGGCCUCGAGGUGUCUGAGUUGUUCCUCGCUGAAUAUUUCAUCAGGCUGGUUACAUAGGAAACCACAUCGGCUCUGCAGUAGGUGGCCUCAGUGGGGGACUGCCGAGCCAUCUGCCCGAUACAAUGGAGCUGAUUUUGUUUUCUUCUCAUGAUUAUGUCCAUUGGUAGAAAACCAUUUGGAAGCCUUUCUGUCGAUCAAUCAAUAAUUAAUGGUGCAUUUUCAGUCUGUGUGUGUGUGU